UUUGGAAUAAUGGAGAAAAUAAGGGAUAAUAGAGAAAGCGAAAAACAAGUGCAGGAUGAAAGAGAUGAUGAGAUGGAAUGGGCAAUGGGAGGAGAGUUGUUUGGAAUUGAUGAUGAGGAAAAUUCUGAUAAAGAAGACUUAUAUAAAGAAGUAUCCCCAAAGCUUAAAGAAGUAUCAAAGCCGACAGAGUCUAAGGUAAUAAUUAAAACUGAGGCUAACGAAGAGUCAAAAUCAGCUAAAACAUCAGAGGAGCCGCAGAUAUUCGAAAAUUCUACUUCGACAAAUGCUAAAUUCCAAGAUCUUGCCAAAAACUCUCAAGAAAAUUACCAAAGAGUCUCAAAUAGACUGAAGGAAGAACCAGCUGGUGAGGUUUUAUUAGAUGAAGCUACCAAAGUGGCUACUAAGUCUGCAGAAUAUGGAACUAAAGUAUAUAACUCCACUAAAGAGAAGAUGGCUGAAUUUGCCAACAACGGUGGCAUGGAAGAAGCCAAAAACCAAGCUUACAACAAAGCUGUCAAUAUUGGCAAUUCAUUCUGGAACUUUGUCUGCCAAGCCACCAUAAAUGAGCAAGAAAAAUUAGAGAGGGAUCGAGAUCAGCCCUUAGAAGUUCAGCCAAAACCUGAAACUCCUCCUACACAGGAGGAAAAACCAUUGUGGGGUUUCACUUGGGGGAAAUAAUGUUUAUCAAUAAACCUCACAAUC